GAACCUCACCCGAGUGCUCUCCCUCUCAUUUUAUCUUACUUUCGUAUUUCUGUCACUCUAACGCUGCGCUUCAUGUGCAUUAUGCGUGAAACGGAACGCACCCAAAAUUGACGUAUUUAACUGUUUAUCACGAUAGAACUUGGUAGAUCGUAAUGAUACAAGAUAAUCCGUAGCUCUCGUAAUUAUCUUUAUUAGAAUGUGUGCUUUUCUGCAAUGUCAUGAUUUUAUCUGAGUAGUCUAGGGAAUUUACAUAUAACAAUUUUGAUUGAAUGCAAUUACUUGCAUAUUCUGUUAUCAAUACAAUAAAACACUCAAUAAGUAGCAAAAAGUAGCGAACAUUGUAAGAAAGAAAAAAAGCAGUAGCCGGCGCAGUAAGAAAGAGGUUAUAUAAACUUCAAAAGUUGUACAGCUUUUAAAUUGCUCAAAAAUAUUUGUUAUAAUGGCAGACGAAAGUUCAUUGAUAUUAAAUACUUUGGAAAAUAAAAUUCAAAAAGUAAUAAUUAACAGACCCACUAAGAAGAAUGCACUUUCAACACCGAUGUACAAAAAACUGACAACACUUUUGAAUGAUUCUGCAAAAAAUAACGAAGUAUUGCUUUUUGUAUUAACAGCAACUGGAGAUUUUUUCAGCAGUGGCACUGACAUAAAUAUAGGAGGAAUGGAACUUUCUUCUACUGACAUGCAGUAUAAAAAUCUAAUAUUUAAAGAAUUUGUUGAUGCUCUGAUCAUGUAUCCAAAACUCUUAGUAGCCAUUGUAAAUGGACCAGCAAUAGGAAUAGCUUGCACAAUGUUAGGCUUGUUCGACAUGGUUUACGCUUCAAAUAAGGCAUAUUUUCGUACACCAUUUAGUUCAUUGGGUCUUAUUGCUGAAGGAUGUUCUACAUAUACAUUCCCAAGAUUACUGGGACCUUCAAAGGCUGGAGAUAUGUUGUAUAUGGGUUACCAGAUGAAUGCUCCUGAAGCCAAACAAUAUGGUUUAAUUAGCGCAGUAUAUGAUCAUGAUGUCCUUGAAGAAGUGUGGAAUUACUUGAAAAAAAUUUCUACACUUUCCUCCGAGUCAAUAUUAGCGACAAAACGCUUGAUAACUAAAUGGAAUAAAGAGGUUUUACUGCGAGUUAAUGAAGAAGAAGUAAAAGAAUUAAAGAAACGAUGGGAAUCUCCUGAUUUAUUUGAAAGGUUCCUGAACUUUUACUCACAGAAAAGUAGACUUUGAGAUGAGAAUUUUAUAAGUUGAUCUAACUUCUUUUUCAAUAAAAAUGAAAUUAGUAUUGGAUUCAAGAGUAUUGGAUGAAAAAGAUAUUCAACACGAAUAUUUUAUAUAAAAUAUAAAGAUAUAUAUUAUAUUGUGAUAUAUAAUUGUGAUUUGUAUACAAUUUUUUACGGAAAUUUUAUUUUGUGGAAUUUUUAAAUAUGAAAGUUAUGUGUUUGCUUACUUCAGCUAACAAAAUGUCCUGUAAAAAAUAAACUUAUAAGUUUUAGAA